CUGCGCAAGGCGUAUAGAGCUGCUGCCCACUGACAGUGAUUGUGAGGCCUUAAGCUGUGAAGGCGUGGACUGUGGAAGGUCAAAGGCAACGCGUUGACCGGGCCGAUGCAGCUUUGGAAGCCACAGUGGAGUUCGCGCUAUCUUGCAUAGCUGUAAUUUACCGAAAUUAAACGGCGCAGAUGCACUAUCAUUUAUCCUAGCCAUGAAUGGCUGCAGCGGUUUAACAGUGCUAUCACAGAACUUGCAGCAUAGUGACCCAGAAUGGCUUUGAACGCCAUCGAUAUGUAUGAACUCUACUGGGCAUAGCUAAGUGAGGCUAGGGCGAGCUUUCUUGGCCCGACGAAUAAAUUGGCAGCAUGCCAGGCUCCGGCUCGUUUGAUGUGUCGCUCAGCGACAUAUCUUCGACCAGCAUCGACUUUGGAGAUGCUCCGACGCGGGGUGGCGCGGUCCCGACUCGGGGCGCAGCUCCCCAGCCCCGGUCCACGACCGUCGGCAUGGCCUCUCAGCGGGCUCCGCCGGGCGGUCGUGGCGCCCCGGCGCCUCGUCAGCUGCCGGGCGAGGACUCGGGGUCCUUCUCCAUAUCUGGCUCCAUCGAGCUAUCAGGCUCCAUUGAAAUAGAGGAUGUGCCUGCGAAGCGGCCGCCCGCGAGAGCGGGCCCUGCGCCUGGCGGAGGCGCCGGGGCGGGCCGUGUUGGCGGGCUUGGCAAGCCACCUCCUGCUCCAGGUCGCGGCGCCACCAAAGCCACACCCUGGGCCGGAGCUGAGGACAGCAGCCUUUCUAUCAGCCUGUCAGCCGCCUCCGACGAACUCGGCGACAUCGAGAUUGAACACUCUGGAUCCAGCGCCGGCAUUGGCGCCAGGGGCGGCGGCGGCGGCGGUGCCAAACCUGGCGGCGGCGGCGGCGGCGGCGGCUCGCGCCUACACCAGGCGGCGGUGGGCGGGCGGGCGGGCGGCGUACGACGUGAGUCAGCGGUGGAGGUUCUGAACCUGGACGGGCCCAAGGCCAAGAAAACCAACAUUACACGGGCGGCGCUGGGCGCGCAGCCCAUUCGCGAAUCCACCCACACCCUGGAUAUGUCCAUGUCGGCGAGUAGCCUGAUGUCUAUGGAUCUAGACAUAAGCGGCGGAGGAGACCUGGUCAUUGAGCACAGCCAGGAGAUAGCGGCCAGGGGCAAGCCGGCACGGAGGGGCGGCGGCGCUGCCGGCAUGAGCAUCAGCGGCAGCAUUGAGUUCAGUGGUGACGAUGACCUGAGUGGUGACAUUGUGAUUGACCAUGGGCCGCCGGCGCGGCCCACGGCGGCGCAUGGCCGGCCGCCGCCGGCGAGGGCGGCGGCGGCGGCGCAUGACAGCGGCAGCAUCAGCAUCAGCGGCAGUAGCAUUGACAUCACGGGCGGGCUGAGCGGCAGCAUUGAGAUUGAUCAUGGCGGCGGCGGCGGCGGCGGCGGCGGCGGCCGGGCUGGAGGUGGAGGUGGCGGCGGCGGCAGCAGCAUCAGUUUGGAUGCCAGCAGCAUUGAUAUCACUGGAAGCGUCGAGUUCGAUGCUGAGGAGUAUGGCGGCCGGGGCUCGGGGGCAGGGCGACCGCAGACGCGGCAGCCGGCGGCUCCCGUGCCGGUUCGCACGCCGUCCCUAUCAGGCUCCAGCUUCGCGUCCUCCAAAUCAUCUGGGCCCCGCGCCGCCCCCGCCCGGCCCGCCACCACCACCACAAACACGACCAGCAGCCCCUCCCGCCGCGAGGCGCCCGCCGCACUGCGCCACCUCACCCACCUGCAGGGCGGCGGCGGCGGCGGCGGCAGUAGCAGCAGCCGCGGCGGCAGCCGCCCGCAGAGCGCCGGCGGACUGGCGCCCGAAGAGGGCUUCGCCAGCGGCAUUAGCAGCGGCAGUAGCCGCAGCCGCGGCGGCGGCAGUAGCAGCAGUAGCGACGGGCGGCGCCCCAUGAACCUCAUGACUGCGGAUGACCUGGAAGACAUGCUAGCGGUGCCGGGGUCGCCGCUGACGGCGGCGGCGGCGGCUGUAGCGGGCCGUGGCGGGCGGGCGGAUGAGAGCGUCAGCAUGAGCAUGAGUAUGAGCGCGGGCGGCGGCAGCAUGCUAGACAGCAUGGAUGUGGAAGAGCUGGGUGCAGGUGGCCGAGGCGGCGGCGGCGGCCGCCCGGCUGUAGCAGCGCUGCCAAGGGCGGCUGCGGCUGCAGAACGUCGCGGCAGUAGCAGCAUCGAGCUGAGCACUGACCUGAGUGACUCUACUGUGUCGCUGCCGGACGAGUCGGGCGAGAUUCGCCCGCUUGCCAAGCCGGCGACGGGGACGGCAGCAGCAGCGCCGGCGGCGGCAGAUGCCCGCCGCCGCGCCGCCAUCAGCGGCGGCGUCAGCAGCCUUCGCGCCAGCAGCAGCAACAGUGACGACAGCAGCCCCGCGGGUCGGCCGGCUGUGGCAUCUGCAGCGGGGAUGGGGCGCGCGAGUACCAUGCGGCGAAGCAUGGGCCUGUCGGACCUGCAGGCAGCGGCGGGUCAGCGGAGCGGCAGUAGCAUCAGCAGCAUUGGCGGCAGUAGCAACAGCAGCCGCGGCGGCGCUGCCGCUGGCGGCGGGGCGCGGGGCCGGGUGCAGCUGCUGACUCUGGAUGCUUUGGAAGCGGCGUCCAUUGGCAGUGGCGGCAGCGGCGGCGGCGGCGGUGGGGCGGUUGUGAAGGUGCCGAGUGUGCCGAGCAGCCGUGGCGGCGGCAGCACCGUGAACACCUGGGAUGAGGAGUCGGUUGUGAGCGGCAGUAGCAGCGGCCGCAGUGGCAGGCGCUCGCAGCAGCAGCGUGGCCGUGGAGGGGAUGGGAGUGACGACAGCCCCACGCCACGCCCGCGGCUGCUCACCAUUGACGCGCUCGAGACAGCCUCACCGAUGGCUUCCACGGCUGUAGCAACGCCCGGCGUGAGUGGCGGCGUGGGCGACAGCAUGGCUACAGCUGGCGGCUUGGGUGGCGGCGGUGGGGACAGCUACAGCCUCAGCUCGGUUGGCGACUUCUCGGAAUCCUCCAUGCUGACUGGGCUAACGCCGCCGCGCCCGUCCGCGCCUGCGCCCGCCAUAGCGGCGGCGGCUGUAGCUACAGCCACUGUCAGUGGCGGCGGCAGCUACAGCCGCAGCAGCAGUCGGCUGUCGGGGGCCUCCUCCGCGGCUCGGCGGCAGCAUGCGGAGGGGCGGGGGCGGGGGCAGCGUGAUGAGGUGGUGUCGGAGCAGAGCGGGCCCAUGGAGCAACUGUACGAAUCCACGGAUCUGGAUCUCAGCAACCUGAGCCGCAGCCGCGAUGGCGGCGCGGCUGCUGCUGCUACUGCCGGCCGCCGCGGCGGCGCCGCCGCUGACCUCUUGGCUGACAUGCAGGUGCACCACGACGGCAGUAGCAGCAGUAGUAGCAGUGAGAACAUCAUGACCCUGGAUCAGCUUCAGGCAGCAGACGUUAACUCCUUUGACGCUAGCGGCGAUGCUUACGAGGACGUCGAUAAGUCUCCGCAGAUGCGCGGUGCGCUGGAUGCUCUGCAGGGCAUGGAGGUGCACCGCGAUGGCAGUAGCAGCAGUAGCAGUGAGAACAUCAUGACCCUGGAUCAGCUGCAGGCGGCGUCGGCGUCGGAGAUCAUGUCGGAGGAGAUUGUGUCGGAGCGCUCCAUGCAGAGCAGCGACCGAGGCGGCGGCGGCGGCGGCGACGGCGGCGGCGGCGGCGGCAGAAGCAGCCGCUCGUCCAAGGCGAGCUCCGACCGCGGUUCCCGGCCGCCCACCGCCCCGCGGCCGGUGCUGCCACAGCAGCUGCAGGCAGGUGCCGGCGGAUCGCGAUCCUCAUCGGCGGCAGCAACACGUGCGGAUUCUGGAUCCAGGGGCGCCCGCGGAGUCCAGGGGCACCGGGAUCUGGAUCUUAACGACAUGGACGUGGGCGGCCGCUCCGAGCCGUCCUUCAGCGCCGUGGCCCGCAGCAGCGCUGCGGCUGCUACUGCUGCUGCUGCCGCGGCAGUGGCGGCGGCGCCGCCAUCUGCGCCGUCGUCGGAGCCCUCCCGCGGCCGCCUGAGUAGCACCGGCGGCGGGCCGCCCAUUCGCGGGAUCCUCAAAAAGCCCGCAACCCCCGUCUCCGCCUCCCACGGUGGCGACUCGGAGGCCUCCGACCUGCUACAGCCACCCGCCACUGCCACAGCCGUGGCCACGCCCCUGGCCGCCACGAUCCCGCGGCCGGCGCCGCCUGCACGGCAGGAGUAUGGAUCCGGAUCCAGAGCUGCUGCUGGGGCUCGGGCGGGCCGGAUUCCGGAUCCGGACGCGCCGUACGGCGCCUCGGACGACGGCUCGUAUGGGGGCGGCGUGGGCGGGCUGCGGGCUGGCAGCUUUGGCGGCAGUAGUGUGGCGGAGGAGGAUGCGCUGCUGAUGUCGGAGGCCCUGAGGCAGCGGCAGCAGCAGCAGCAGCCCCACCUCCCCGGCCACUACCACCAACACGGCGCCGACAAGUCGUCGCCGUCCCUGCGCGACCGCCGCCCACACACGCACGAAGUGGCGGCGGCAGCGGCGGCGGCUGGCCGACAGCUCUACACCAGCUACGACGAUAACGACGACACUUAUUACGACCGUGACGGGCACGGCACCACCACAUUCUCAGACGGCGGAUACGACACCACCUCCUUCGCCUCCUCCCCCGGCGAAGCCCGGGGUGGCGGCGGCGCCAGCCGCCACCCCCAUCACCCGCAACACUCUCAACAGCAGCAGCAGCAGCAGCGGCAGCAGUACGACAAUGCGGCACUGCAGUACGGCACUUACUCGGACGAGGAGGCGGCGGGCGACCGCAGCCGGCUCAGUGCUAGCGGCACGAUCGGCGGCGUGGCACCGGGCUGGUCGACCCACCCGGCCCCUGCGCCCGGGGGCGGCCGCGCGGGCGGGUCGCGAGGGGGCGGGCCCAGCAACUACGGAGCCGGCGGGGGUGGUGGAGACCCGUUCCAAUACUCGCGGGACAGCGACCUGUCGGAGGAGUUCUUCCCGGCGCAGGGCAUGCAACGGCAGCUCCAGGAACAGCCGCUCUUCAGGCCGUUGCCCCCCGCCGCCGCAACAGCAGCAACAGCAGCCGGCGGGGGCGGCGGAGGCAUGGGCAGCGGCGCCCCCUCCUUCACCUCCGCCGGGCCCUCCGCCUUCGCCGCCGGCGCAGUUCCCGGCUUCUCCCAGAUCCCCGCCUUUACGCCGCGCCUGGUGCAGGGCUCGGGCCACUCCUCCGGCUCUGGCAUACCCGCACCGCCGGCUGCUAGCGGCGGUGUUGGUCCUGGUGGUGGUGGUGGUGGUGGUGGUGGUGGUGGUGGUGGUGGUGGUGCUGGAGUUCCUGGAGGCGGCGGCAGUGCCGGCGGCGCUGCCACGCCCACCAUCUCAAUGAGUGGUCUGCCCCAGCCGCCGCCGUCUGGUCAGUACCAGACAUCGCAGCAGCCGUACAGCCACCACCAGCAGUACACGCAGUCGCAGCAGCCCCACCACUUUCAGCAGUACUCCCAGUCGCCGCCGCACAACCACCAGCAGCAAAACCAGCAGCCGUACCAGCAGUACAGCCAAUCCCCGCAGCAGUACAGUCCGCACCAGCAGUACCAGACAUCGCAGCAGCAGUGGCCGCCGCAGUCGCCGCCGCGCUCCACGUUGCCGCCGCGCCACCCGUUCGCGCCGCCGCCGCCGCCGCCUGAGCCGAUGUCUCCCGAGGUGGCGGCGGCCGCCGCGCCGCCGCCGCCGCGCACGACCGCCACCCAGACCGACGUGUACACGCACGUGGUGGAUUUGGAUCCGGUUCCGCCGCCUGGCACGAAGCUGCGAACCGUGGGCAUGCAGUGGGGCACGCUCAACGAGGUGUCCACCCAGGUCGCCUACGACCCCGGACAAGACAGGCUGUUGGAGGGAGCGCCUCCGCCCGAGACACAGGAUGGUGUGCCGCUGCCGGCGCACCUGCGCGCCGGAGGUGGCGGCGGCGGCGGCUGUGGUGGUGUGGGCCCGGGCGAGGCCCCCCUGUUCAUCAAGCGGGGCGGUGGUGGUGGCGGCUUCGGUGCCAUGACCACUCCUAGCAAACUGCUGCAGGCCGGCACUGACGCGCUGCUGGGAGGUGGUGUUGGCGGCGGCGCCGGAGCUUUCAGCGGCAUAGGCCCGGGCUUCGGCAUCCUGUCCCUCGCCUUCCACUCCGUCAAGACAGCCGCCAUGCUAGAGCAGUUGGAGCGUUCGCUCAGCAGCGCCGCCGCCGCCGCCGGCGUGACGGCGCCGCCGGGCUACCCGCCGCACAUGCUGCCGCCGCCGCCGCCGCCGCACGCUGCGUACGGCGCUGGUCCGUACGGCAUGGGCCCCAUGCCGCAUCCGUACGGCAUGCCGGCGCCGAUGCCGUACGGCGUGCCGUACCCGCCGCCGCCGGGGGCGAUGCCGGGACACCCGAUGGUCCCGCCGUCUCCCGGCGGCGCCGGCACUGGUGCGGGUGCGGGCGGCUGGCCGCAUGCUGCGUCACACGCUGUGUCACACCCGCCGCCGCCAUCUCCCGGGCUGGCGGCAGCUCGGCCGCAUUCAACCGGCAGCGCCGGUGCCGGUGCCGGCGGCGGCGCCGGCGGCGGGGCGCCCCUCACGCCGGGCCAGGCAGCCGUUGCAGCUUACAGGGCAGCUGCGGCCGCCGCAGCUGUGGCCGCGAACGCGUCCAACACCUCAGCAGGCUCGGGCGCCGGCGCGCGCCCCGGCACGCCCAGCGGCGGCGGCGGCGCCGGAUCCACGCCGCCCUCCCCUCCACUCGGCACCCGGCUCUCGCCUCGUGGUCCCUCCGUCUCCUGGCCCGCCAACCUCACCAUCUCCGCCGCUGGUGCCGCCAACGCACGACAGGGCACCGAUGGCAGCGGCGGUGGCGGCAGCGGCGUUUCCCGUCCCACCAGCCCUCUGUCUCUCACCAGCUCCCCCUCACGCCUCCGUUUCACGUUGCCGAGCGAUUCCUCUGCCUUCGCCGGCGGCGGCGCCGCCGCCCCCGUCCCGCGGCUCAGCCUCCCGCCGUCGAGCCCCACCCUCGCCGCCGCCGCCACCUCUCCGGGCGCCGGCGACCUAUCCCCACGCGGCCUGCCCAGCCGCCUCUCCAGCACCGGCGGCGCGUCGGCGGCGGCGCCUGGCAAGCCGCCGCCGGCGCCGGCCGGGGGUCCUGCGGCGGGUGCGGGGGCCAAGGCGGGCAUGCUGGGGGCCGCGUCUCCCGGCAAACGGGCCGGCAGCAGGCGCAGCAUGCUCAGCACGCACAGCAUGCGCAGCAUUGUCAGUGAGGCCUACACGGAGGACUUUGACGAGGUGGAUGACGAUGAAGAUGAAGAUCAGGAGGAGGUGGAUGAGGAGGAUCCGUACCUUGAUGAUGACGUGUCAGAGGACACCGAGGAGGAGGUUGUGGAUGAAGACAGCGCACUGGCCGUUAGCACCGAGGGCGGCAGUAGCAUACCCGAGGAGCCCAGCCGCACCAGCUUCCGGCGCCCGCCGCCGGCAGUAGCAGCAGCAGCAGCCAAGGCCAAGAGCAGCAGCAACAGCCGGCGCCGGAGCAGCGCCAGCAGUGAUGGCGUGGUGGAGUCGGUGGUGGAGGAAGAGGAGGACGAUGAGGACAUUCCGGAAGACUCGGUGGAGACCGAGUCCAUCCCGACCGAGUCGGUGGGCACCGACGGCACCAGCGGCGGCGGCGGCAGCGGCGGCAGCAGCAGCGGCUACGGCUACAGUGAAGACUUUGAGCCCGACUCGGUGGCUCCCAGCCGCAGCGCCUCCUUCGUGCAGCGGCCGGGCGCGGCAUCGCUGCGGGCCACCAGCAGUCGCAAGAUCAUCCCGGCGCUGUCGGGCAACUCUUUCUCGCAGCGCUCCUUCCUACGCCGCAGCAGUUUCGUGAUGUCCGGCGGCGGCGGCGGUGGCAGCAGCGGCUUGGAUGCCAGCCGCGGCGGCGUGGAGGACGACAUUGACGAGCCAGGCUCGCCCACGGGUCUGCGAUCGCUAAGCCGCGUUGCUAGCGUUGUCAAAUCCAGUUCUGGAUUCAAACGGACAGCUUCCAUCUCCAUCACGAUGGCGGAUGAUCCCAUGGCGCCCAACCAGAUGGAGCGGAUCAUGCCGACGGUUGCUUUUGGAUCCAAUCCGGGAAGUGGCGGCGGCGCUGCGGGCAGCGGCGGCGGUGCCUCGGGGCGGCCCCACUCGGCGGGUGGGUCAAAGGGCGGGAGCCAUGGCGGCGUGGCGGCGGCGGCUGUGACUAAUGCGGGCUCUGGUGCGGGUGCGGCUGCGGGUGGUGGUGAGCGCAGCGGUGCCGCGGGAGCAGGCGGCGCAAGCGGCGGCGCGGCGGCGGAGGGGCACACCGGGGAGGGGGCAGCAGCAGGGGAUGCGCACGGGGGACAGCACUCCGGGGCACAGCACACGCAGCAGCACCCCACGGGACAGGGGCCGCCGCCGCCGCACGCCCACCCCGCCGGCUACCCGCCGCCGCCGUACCCGGGGGCGCCGUACCCCUACCCGUACAACCCAUACGCGCCGUACAACCCGUAUCAGCCGUACCACCCGUACGGCUUCGGCAUGGCGCCGUACCCGGCCGUACCGCCGGGCGCCGACGCGGCGUCUGUCAUGCAGUACCUGCCGCCGCCCAUCCCCGUACCGUCCAGCAUGUACUUCUACCCGUCGCCGUACAGCCCUGGCGGCGGCGGCGCCGCCGCCGCGGGCAGCCCGUACGGCAUGUCGCCGGAGGCUACAGCCGCAGCCGUGGCGGCGGCGGCGGUGGCGGCGGCUGGAGGCAGUGCGGCCAGUGGCGGCGGCGGCGGUUCGGGCGCCGCGGCGCCGCGGCACCACGUCAAAUUUGCCGAUGAGGUCGGAAGUGGUGGCGGUGCCGGUGGUGAUGGCAAGCUGGGGUCGGCAGCAGCAGCAGCAGCAGCAGGCGCCGCCGGCAGGGCAGCGACAACCGCUGGAGGUGCUGGAGGCGCGCUGCCGCCUGGCGCGGCGGCGCAGUUCGCCUACGGCUUUGCCGGCGCGCCCUCGCCAUACGCCCCGCCGCCGGGGAUUCCGCCCGGCCCCGUGUAUGGCAUGGGCGGCGGCGGCUUUGGCGUUGGCAGUGGACCUCUGUUUACGGCGCAGAGCACGCUGCAGCGCUUCCACCAGGUGCUAGGCAGCGGCGCCUACCCGGGCCUGGACCCCAUGAGCGUGCGCGCCAUCCGACACGACCUCGUCAAGACCGCGGCAGUGGUGUCGGGCCAGGUGGGCUAUGAGGACAUCGUGGCAGAGGCGGGCGCGGCGGAGGAGUACCGGGCGCAGCUGGCGCGCGUGCGGGCGCGGCUGGCGGCGGCGCGCGCGUCCAUCCCCUCCGUGGUGCCCAGUCAGGAGAAGACGGUGUUGGUGCGGACCUACGGCGGGCUGGGCGGAGGAGCCGGCUUCGGCGCUGGUGGCGGUGGAGGUGGAGGUAGUGCUGGAGCGGGGAUGGGGGUGGGGGUGGGAGGCAGGGGUGGGGGUGCGGGUGCAGGAGGUGGUGGGAUUGCGGUGGGGCCCUCCAUUGCGGCUGGUCCCACGCCCUCGCUGGCGGCUGCGGCGGCGGCGGUGAGCGCGGCGCAGGCGCGGCUGAGCAGCGCGGGCGGCAGUGGCGGCGCCGCCGGCGGUGGCCAGGGCAGCGGCACCUGGAGCGGCGCAGGCUUGGGGGGCGUCAGCCUAGGCAGUGCUGGGCUCAAGGGCGGCUUGCUGGGAGCCACCACCAGCAGCGGUAGCGGCAGCGGUGCCGGAGUUUCGGGGCUGGGAGGGUUGGGGGCGGGGGCGGGCGGGAGUCGUAUCCUGGGUGUGAGUACGGCAGCGGGCACUUACCGCUACACGACACUGGAGGACACCUACCGCCUCAUCGACGCCACGCUGCCGUACGCUGCCGUACGAGCGGCCUGAGGGCCUUGGUGGGGCGCACGGAGGCAGCGGAGCGGAGCGCGUGUGUUGUGGAGGAGUGAUAGGCGUGAGUCAGCUGCGUAAAUGCGCUGUCGAGGAGUGGUGUAGCGUUCUGUUGUAGAAUACAGGGGCGCGUUGACUUGAAGCCAGCAGGGCUCCAAUCGGAACCGGAGGGCUGAAUGGUACAGUACAGUCCCGGUAGUCAGCAUACGGAUGGUGUGGUGGGGCCGUCGGCGGGACAGCCCGUUCGGCCGCCAGGCAGUGCCAAGGGGCCAUCCUUCUUUCCCGCCUGUGGCGAGGGGCCGGGGGCCAAGCUGCUCGGUGACUCGAGCGCAGCUGCAGGAUGGGCCGAUGGGGAUGGGACAUAACAUGCGACAACACACGCCUAAAGGGCUGUGUGGUUUCCGUGUGACGCCCCGUCGCGCCUUGAGGAAAUGAUGUCAUGACGUGAUGUGGCAUGGCCGGAUGGGCAUUGUGACACAGUCAUCCAGGGGUGAUCCACAUCAAAUCACCAGCUGCAAGAAUGCAAACCUGUUGCUUUGCCCGGCUUUGGUCAGAGCGGGUCUGCGGGUCACUGGGUCAGCCUGCCUGUGACGACCAAGGACGUAUUCAUAGUCACACAAGGGGCGUGGACAGGGCGAACCGGGACGUACGGUGGAUGGCCUGCAGCGCACCGGUUUCCCACGCAUGAGCACUGUGUGAGCAGGUCUGCAGGAGGGAGGCGUGGCACGAGUGCAAGACCAGCGGCGCACUAGAGGCUGCGGAGACGGAGCAGGGCGGAGUCCCGGCACCAGCGGAAAAGACAUUCUGCAUCCACCCAUACACGAUGGGGAAACUGGGAAAGCCAGGGCUUGCAUCUUCGGGGAGCGGCAAGAAAGGCUUUGCCGCGGCGCCCAUAGAUGCCGAACCGGACCACAGCAACUAGGUGGGCCACAGUCGGCGCUCGGCAGGCCAGUGCGCUGUGCGGUCCAUGCCUCCCCUGUUGCGGCCCACGCAGCGCUUGCACGCCUUGCAGCCGUUGAGAGACGAGUUGCCGUUGUGAUGGCUGUAAUCCCGGCCCACG